UAAAUCUUGGUUAUCAAAAUCUUUUUCUGUAUUUAAAUUAAUCGAUUCCUAAUCAACCUAAUAUCUAUAUAUAUAUAUAUAUAAACAUAAACUCAUUUAAGCAUCGGAACAACAAAAAUAAUAAUCCUCUUUUUAAAAUUCUACAAAAAAGAUGACAACUUUACCAGCAUCAACGACAAACAAAAGAUUGGAUGGCAAGGUAGCAAUAAUCACUGGAGGGGCAAGUGGAAUUGGUGCAAGUACGGCAAAACAUUUUUGGAAAAAUGGUGCCAAAGUUAUAAUCGCUGAUAUCCAAGACAACUUAGGCCAAAAAUUAGUCCAAGAAUUCUACAGUAACAACAUCGUUUACUUCCAUUGUGAUGUCUCGAAAGAAGAAGAUGUACGUGACCUUGUUGACUACACAAUCUCUAAAUAUGGUAGACUCGAUAUCAUGUACAACAACGCAGGCGUAAUGGAUCGACUUGGAGGAUCUAUUUUGGAUUCGACUCGAGAGGAUGUGGAUCGGGUCCUUAGGGUGAACCUAUAUGGUUCUUUCUUCGGAGCCAAGCACGCAGCUCGAGUAAUGGUCCCACAAAAACAGGGUUGCAUAUUGUUCACUUGUAGCGUUUGUACAUUAAUAGCAGGAAUAGCAACACACCCUUACACGAUGUCCAAACAUGCUAUUUUAGGCAUGGCCAAGAAUUUAAGCGCUGAGCUUAAACAAUAUGGAAUAAGGGUAAAUUGUAUCUCCCCUUCCGGGGUGUUUAGUGGUAUGGCUCCGGGGCUUAGUGGCGCUAGCGGAGUUUUGAUGGCCGAUGAUGUUGCAAGGGCCGCCCUUUAUUUGGCUAGCGACGAUGCAAAUUUUGUGAAUGGGCAUAAUCUUGUCCUAGAUGGUGGAUCUAGUGCAAAAAAUUUUUCAAUGGCAUUGGCUUUUAAUUAAAUCAAGGUGACAACUAAGAAAAUUAGUACUCUUAGCAUAUAUUCAUUGGAGCUAAAAUUUCAAUAUUCUAUAUAUUAUGUGAAUCGUGAACGAGCUACUAUUUAAGUGUUUGUUUGAUUAUAAUACUUG